AAUGGCAAAUAAACGAAUGCCACAGGCCAGAAUAACAAAAAAACGAAAUUCUGUUCAAGUCUUUGAAUACAAAUGAAACAAAAUAAACCAAUCACAUAUGUAUUUGUGUGUGCGUAAGCAAGUGUGUGUGCAGAAUGAAAAGGAGUAGAAGAUCUGCAACAAAAUCUAGAUGAGAUUUAUGGUUAUAAAAGAAUAACAACAAAAACCAAUUGAGAAUGAAACCAGAAUGAAUGAACAAUAGGACGGACUACCAAGCUUCAUAAGCCUUGAGGGCGGUCGCACAGCACACAAAGCUCCGAAUAAAAGAGAAUCCAUGCAUACCAGCAAUAAACAGGUGAAGAAGAUUCUAAAUUUGUUUAAGUCAGCAUUUCUGUAUCGGCAAAGAGCUGCCUUUGAGAAAUAAUAAAAAUCAAAUCUGCUUUCCUUGCUAGUGGCAGGCAUUCUGAGCAGGCAGAUAUUUUAAGUAAGCAAAAGACUGUCAUAUCAGUAUUCAACAUAUCAAUUUGUAAUUUUACGCACAAUAAAAUAGAAAAGAAUAUGUUUACCUAUCGAACUAAAGAAAACAGAGAAGAAAUCAAUUCGUUAACCACCUCUACCACCCAUUCAAAAACCAUCGACUACUAUUUGCAUGGCUUUGUGAAAAAUAAGUCAUGUUUGGUUGUGGAAGUCAAUGGAUUGGUUUAAUGAAAUAACUAUUAACCACAAAGGAUAACAAAACACACCCACACAAGAGAAUUGCUAAAUUUAUAUAAAACUAGGAUAAACCAAUGCGAUUCAAUAAUUGCAGAUUCGAACACAUAACAACCAAUCAAGAUAUAUAUAGAAUAUCAAAUCAAGUGUUCCUCCCUGCAAUUUUAUUUCCCCCAGUAACAUUGAACGUAAAACCAUUUUAAACUUAACGAAAGAACAGCAACAGAAAUAGGGAACCAUAGACACAAUUGCAGCUGGGCUACUUACCCGAAAAACUCUCCGAACAACGUCAACAGCAGAAAUAACACUUUGCACAAGGAUUAUGCUGAGAAAAUGAAUCUCUCCUUUGAUACACGAGUUUUCGUACUUAUUUGUUGUUUGCUGCAAGGCUUGGCUGGAUUACGACUCAUUAAAGUUUCCAUACCCAGUUAUAAAAUGCGUGGUGAAUCAACAUUUAUGGAAUGCCAAUAUGAAUUGAAUAGAUCGAAAAGUCUCUAUGGUGGAUUACACAGAAAUCGGAAUCAUCACAGUCACGGCCAAUACCAGCAACAGCGUCAUCAAUAUCGGCAAUAUGGCGGUCAUACAGGGGGAGGCAGCAGUAUACAUUAUGAUGAUAACGAUGAUUUGCCACAAUACCGACGACCUCACACAUAUCCACAACAAACGUAUAAGCAACAGCGACAACAACAGCAGCAGCAACAACAACAACAGUAUCAGUAUCAACACAGGCAACCUUAUUUUCAAGCACAAAUCCAGACACAUAAAGCUCUUUGGCAGGAUAUGAACAACAUUAGAAGUAGAAGUAGUAAUGGCGCACCUUCUCACCAUCAGCAACAUCUCCAGUAUCCAUUCUUGCCACAGAAACAAAAACGCCAAUACAAUCCAGAAUAUCCAACACUACCGCCCUCGCCAUAUGGUCACAGUGUAUAUCGAGGGAGAUCUCAAAUGUCCUCCACCUCGUAUUCAUUGUCGUCGUCAUCAUCCUCCUCCUUGUCACAGUCUUCCCCCUCUAUAACCUCCUCGGGCAGCCACGCCAGCAAUUAUGGCGGUCGUGUUGGAGCCAGCACUUACACAGGUAGAUCAUCGUCAUCCUACCCCGGAACAGGGUCAGGUGUUUUCGGCAGCAGUAGUUAUGGACAUCACGAUGAUAACUUUGCCGAUAGUAAUGAACGCAAAGAACACAUUGACGACGAGAACUCCAACGAAGAGGAUGAGUUCGAUAACGAGGCAGACAGCGAUGCCGACGACGAGGAGGAGCACGACGAAGAGGAGGGCGAGGAUUUGUAUGCCAUUAAAUGGUACAAGGAUAAUGAAGAAUUCUAUCGUUUUGUGCCAAAAGCGAAUCCACCAAAAACGAGUUACAGAGUUGAUGGCGUACGAGUUAUUGAAGAACAUUCAGACAGCUCAAGGGUUCUCUUAAGGGGGCUUACAAUCAAUUCAACAGGACUGUAUCGUUGCGAAAUAUCAGCGGAGGCGCCAAGCUUUGCCUCUGUACAGGGUGAAGGACAAAUGGAUGUUGUGUACUUGCCACGUGAUGGACCGCACAUAAAGGGCCAGCAAUUCCAAUAUCAAAUUGGUGAAUUAUUAAUUUUAAAUUGCUCAUCGGGAAAAUCACAUCCAGCAUCACAAUUGCAAUGGUUCAUCAAUGAUCAGCCGCACUAA